AGAAGAGUUUUCAUUUUUUUCUUUGCUUUUUUCAUUAGCGGUAGGGUUCACUUUUUAUAUUUGUUUUUAAGUUUUGAGAAUUUAUAAGUUUCAAAUAUCACACAAAGAGAGAAAGAUAAUAAGAGUUUCUUCUCUCAUCCACAACCUCUCUCUCUCUCCCUCCUUCUUCUAGCUAGGUAUUUUGUAUUUUCUUCCUUCUGCUUUGUCAUUAAUUUAUAUCCUCUGUUAAUGUUAUUCAUGUUGUAUAGUAGUUCUUGUUUAUGUUAAUAUUUUUUAAUUCUUUUGGAUUCUUGUUGGUAAAAAGCAAGCUUUUUAAAGCUUCUUGUUCAUGUUUUGAAAUGAACAAGAACCAAAAAAUCUCGUUUUUAUGUUCAGGUUUUCAAACACACAGUCUCUUGAUUUAAGAGACUUAUUAUUAUUUUUUGUUCUUCCCAUAAGAAAAACCAAGAUUGUCUCUUGCGUUGAAACCAAACAAGGCCAUGAUGAUGAACAGAGACAUGUUAUUUCAUCAUCAACAACAACAACAACAAGUGGAAGAGAACAUGUCGAAUCUAACAUCAGCUUCAGGAGAUCAAGCAAGUGUGUCUUCUGGAAACAGAACUGAAACUAGUGGCUCUAACAUUAAUCAGCGACAAGAACAGUGUUUUGUUCCACAAUCAUCUCUUAAGAGGAAGAGAAAUCAACCAGGAAAUCCAGACCCAGAAGCAGAAGUGAUGGCUUUAUCACCAAAAACGCUAAUGGCGACAAACAGAUUCAUAUGUGAGGUCUGCAAUAAAGGUUUUCAAAGAGACCAAAACUUGCAACUUCACAAGAGAGGUCACAAUUUACCAUGGAAGCUUAAGCAAAGAUCAAACAAAGAUGUGAUUAGGAAGAAAGUUUAUGUCUGUCCAGAGCCAAGCUGUGUCCAUCACCAUCCGUCAAGAGCUCUCGGUGACUUAACCGGAAUCAAGAAGCAUUUCUUCAGAAAACAUGGCGAGAAGAAAUGGAAAUGUGAAAAGUGUUCCAAGAAAUAUGCGGUGCAAUCAGAUUGGAAGGCUCAUGCUAAGACUUGUGGCACUAAAGAAUACAGAUGCGACUGUGGAACUCUCUUUUCUAGGAGGGAUAGUUUCAUAACUCAUAGAGCAUUUUGCGAUGCAUUAGCAGAAGAGAGUGCAAGAGUCAUACCAAACCCUAGUAUGAUCCAAGCUUCAAAUUCUCCUCAUCAUCUUCAUCAUCAUCAAACACAACAAAACAUCAGUUUCUCAGCUUCUUCAUCCCAAAACAUCACCAGCAACAGCAAUCUCCAUGGUCCUAUGAAGCAAGAAGAAUCACAUCAUCACUUCCAAAACAUCCCUCCUUGGCUUGUCUCAUCAAACCCUAACCCUAAUGUCAAUAAUGGUAAUUUGUUCCCUCCUCUUGCUUCUUCUGCAAACACUGGGCGGUCCAGCUUUCACCAGCCAUCGCCGGCUAUGUCAGCCACAGCUUUGCUCCAGAAAGCAGCUCAGAUGGGUUCCACGAAGUCAACAACUCCAGAGGAAGAAGAGAGGUCGUCAAGGUCAAGCUAUAAUAACUUGAUCACGACUACAAUGGCUGCGAUGAUGACCUCACCACCUGAACCUGGCUUUGGAUUUCAAGACUAUUACAUGAUGAAUCAUCAACAUCACGGCGGAGUAGAAGCUUUCAACGGCGCUUUUGUCCCUGGAGAAGACAAGAACGACGUCGUGGACGACGGUGGAGGAGAGACGAGAGAUUUCUUGGGGCUAAGGUCGUUAAUGUCUCAUAACGAGAUUCUAAGUUUCGCUAAUAAUCUUGGAAACUGUCUCAACACUUCGGCUUCAGAGCAAGAACAGCAACAUAGCCACCAAGAUUGAAAUAUUAUUAUAUAUGUAUAGAGACUUUUUCUAUAAAAUUAGUUUGAAAAAUAUGUUGAAGGAGCAUUAUCAUGGUACAAGCAAGUUUAUACCAAAAAAGAAAAGAAAUUAAUUUA